CACACACAAGCACAAGUACACAACUACUCUUAUUAUAGGACCACUCUCUUCAAUGGUGACCAAAGACAGUUACAGUUACACACACACACACACACACACACACAAACACAGGGAGUUUAAAAGAAGUUUUAGAACCUAGUAUAUUUUAGAGCCCUUUUUAUGAUUUCUUCUUUCUCUUCCAUGUGCUAAGUUUUGUUUUCUCUAUUCUUCGCCUUUUUGUUGUUGUUGUUAUUGUUGUUUUGCCUUUCUUUCUUUCUUUCUUUCCACUGUUUGACCUUUCAGUCUUUUGUCUGGGGCAUGACAACACAAGCUUGAAACUUUAAAACAGCGUUGCUGUAUUGGGAAUCAGCUGCUUCUCUUACUGUUUUUGUCUAUUGGAUUGGUGUGGUUCUUCUUGGAUCCAAUUCUUAAGUUCUUGAAAAGAUACACCUUUUCGCUUCUGUGAACAGUGAAGGAGGUAUUCCUGAGUAGAGCUGAGCUGCUUUGAUACCAAACUUUAUUUCUUGUGAGGACCGUGGAAAAUAGAGGUUUAUAUAAUCUGGUGUACCGUCAUUUUCAUGAUAUCUAGUUGGAAUCAGAGGAUGGAAAGUAGAGUUAUCUACUGUUGAUGCGACUUUAGUCCAUAGAAGCAGAAGAUGGAAAAUAGAUUUGUCAAUGCUCGUAAAGAUGGCCAGCAAGAAGAUUCAUUGCAUAACUUGAGCAAGACCAGAGAAUUGAGUGGAGAAGAAAGUCUGAAUUUUUCUGAGUCAAAAUCAAAAAAGUUGGUGAGAAGAGUAAAUUCGCCACAUGCAAUAAUUUUAAAUUUUAAGCAAUCUCAAAUUCGCAAAAGUUGCAAUGAGAAUUCUUUACUUCGAAGUACUCAUGGAUUGGACAGUAGGAUUCCAAAGCAUUUGGUAAGUAUAGAUGAAAAAUAUCUUCGUCGUUGCCUGGGAUUGAUUCAUAUCAGUGCAUCAAAAGCAGCACGAUGCAGUACAUCUAUGAAUUUGAGCUCUCUGAAGAUGAGCAUUUUGUCUGACAGCUUAAAUCCAGCUAAAAUUGAAAAUAGAUAUUCAUGUGAUUCGGCUAGGUUCAUUUUUGAAUGUCCGUUGGAAUCUGGGACUGGGGGUGUAGCUGUAAGCCCUGCAGGACGAUGGAUUGUAGGUACAAUUAUGGGGAGCAAGAGUAUGAUGAACGUAUUGAAGAGCCCGUUGUUUCAUCAAUUUGGUGCCUUAGAUGGCAAUGCCAACUUCACAAGAUCGAAUUUGAAUGAUAUUAAAGGUUCGAUAUGCUAUGAUAUUGUGGACUCUCCCAGUGGGUUAAGUAUAUCUUCACCACAGAAGACAAAUAAGGAACCUCCAUCUUUGGGAAGCCAGACAGAUGGAUCUGAUAGGGCACAUAAAAGGCGCGUUUCAAUGUCUAGCACAAACUCUACAUGUUCUGAUCAGUCUUCUUCUUCUUCUGCUUCUGCCAGUGUUUCUCAGGGGAUGCUCCAAUGUACAUGGAAGGGGGGGCUUCCUCAUUUUGUAUUCUCUGCAGAUGAUCAGAGGGAGAUCUACCUAGCCAAUGUGUGGAAGGUUGAGUCAACAGAUGAUAAGGCUGUAGACUAUAUGUACUCAUUCCAUUCAAAAAAGGGUGGCCAGAAGGACCUAUCAAUUUGUGAUAAUGAGUCACAACUUGUUGGUAAGAUGAAGGUUUCUGCAUCUUUCACCCUCUGCCCGGACAAUUCCAAAAUCAUGGAGACUGAGUUUGUUUUGUAUGGUGCUAAUGAAAAUUGUGACAUAGAGACAAACACUUCAAAGCAUAGUCUGAGGAAGAACAAGGGCUUGUCAAAGAAGGUUGCGGAAGCGUUCAAAUUGAGUCAUUUGUCUAAACAGAGAAAUGUCUCCAAGUUUGGGGGAUCUAGUGCCAUACUGGAAAACUGUUCCUGGGACCCAUCCUUAGAUACAAGACGCAACCUUGAUGCAUUAGGUAGGGCCAAAAAGUUGGAAAAUCAUCUUCUGCCAAAUUUUGAAUUGGCUGCCAUUGUUGUGAAAGACCACCUCCGUGACAAACGUCAGGAAGAAGUUGGGGGUUGGGGCUUGAAAUUUCUCAAGAAAUCAGGGCCUAGGCAAACAGUUGCUUCUCCAGAAGCAUCGGUACAUUGUGAAAGUUCUGGUCGAAAUACUGGUGAUUGCUCUACAAGUGUGGACAUUCUAAUCCCAGAGGGUCUUCAUGGUGGGCCAAUAACAAAAAAUGGUGGCCCUUCCACUCUCACUGAAAGAUGGAGAUCUGGUGGACACUGUGACUGUGGUGGUUGGGAUAUUGGAUGUCCUCUCACAAUACUUAAAACUAGAUCAACCAAAGAUGAGAUUUUGCCUGAAGUGGAGAUAGAGGAGUGUAAGCCAUUUGAUAUUUUUAAACAGGGUUCACAGCACACAGCUCCCACAUUGAGGAUGGAAACUGUUCGUGAUGGUUUAUAUUUUAUUCAUUUUCAACCUCCUCUAUCAGCUUUGCAGUCUUUCUCGAUCGCGGUGGCAAUUAUCCACAUUCGGAGUCCCACACUCCGGCCCAAAAAAUUGCAAGAGUUGAAGUAGCAAGAUCCAGGAUGGUGUUUAUUUUGUAGUUGUAAACCUUACUGUGUUAUAGCAGUAAGUCAAAAUUUUAGUAUUUACAUAUGAGUUGAGAUGUUGAUUAUUGCAUUUUAUGGUUGCUAAUUGCCCUAGAUUCAGAGUGUUUUCAUACUUUAGGUUAGUUGGUGCUGAUUGGUUUAUUUUAUACUUUGAUUCUUAGUUCAAACACUCCUGUAGUCUGCUCCUUUUUAUCAAAUGUACAAGUUAUUGGUAAAGUGAAUUUGGUUUGAAAUCA